CGCCGGGCCCAGCGCCGCCGAGAUUGACGCCGGGCCGCGCCGGGCAGCGCCCGGGAGCCGCUGCGGGGUUGUCGUUUUCGGCCUCUGCUCCGCCCGCAAAAGCUGAAGGGUUGUUAAGUUUUUAACACACUCGAUUUCGGGGAAGUUUCCUCAGAAGGUCGUGACAGCUUGUUUGAGCUGCUGAAAUAUGUAGCGGAAAUGAUAGCCGAGCCCACCGCAGCCAGUAACCUUCCCAGCCAAAAUACAAGUCAUCUGGCUUCAUGUCCUGGCCACUGUAGUUUAAAGGAGGCCAUUGCAGCCAGCUUCCAGUACUGGACCUGCUGCACAAGUGGGAUCCAGCUCGUCUACUCAAACAUGGCCUUUGGCAAAGCACAUUGCUAGCAUUGGGAAUGAUGAAAGAUGGCACGGUUUCAUUGCAGAUAAAUGUAUGGCUCCAGAUCUCCCAGAAGAGAGAAUGCUGUCCAUGAUGAGCCAGUGCUCGAGUCUGCUGCGCAGAAUGGUACAUAUGUGAGAAAUGGCAACCUGAAAACACCAAGAGAGAAGCGGAAGGUCAGAAAGCAGUGUGAAAACAUAAGGGGGAAUUCUACUCCUAGCAGAAGAGCGAGCCAGCUACAGAAUGGAGAAGUGGUUGAGGCAGUUACCUUGUUUGAAGUGGUUAGCAUGGGGAAGCAGGCCAUGCAGUCUGUGGUAGUUGACUGGGUUGAAGCUUAUAAACAAGACAGGAAUGUGGCACUUCUGGAUCUCAUCAACUUCUUCAUUCAGUGCUCAGGCUGUCAAGGCAUGGUAACAGCAGAGAUGUUUCAAAGUUUGUACAAGAAGGAUGUAAUGCAAAAAAUGACAGAGACCUUUGAUAAGGAAACUGGGUUGCAGUAUAAGAAAUUCAUGGCCUAUCCUUGGAUCCUAACAGUUACUUGGCCGGUGGACAUGGACAAUGAAGACUACCCACUGAUCAGAACAGGACCCUAUUGGAAGAAGUUCAAGGCCAAUUUCUGUGAAUUCAUUGCAGUGCUUGUCCAGCAGUGCCAGUGCAGCAUCCUGUAUGAUAACUACUUGAUGGACACCAUCAUCUCACUGCUUACAGGGUUAGCAGAUUCCAUGGUCAGAGCAUUCAGGCACACAAGCACUUUGGCAGCAAUGAAACUUCUGACAGCAAUUGUAAGCAUCCAUCUGAACCUUGAUAUCAGCAAACACAAUGCUCAAAGACUGUAUGAGGUGGAGAAGAAGAGGCUAGGUGGCAAGAGGACCAGUUACAGACUUGAUCAGCUAGAGAGAAAAAGGAAAGAGUAUGAGCAUAAACUUCUAGAGAUACAGAACAUGAUGAAUGCUAUUUUCAAAGGGACAUUUCUAAACCGUUACCGUGAUGUUAUCCCUGAGAUCAGAGCAACUUGCAUUGAAGAAAUUGGCAGCUGGAUUAAAAUGUCCCCAGAUGCUUUUUUGAAUGAUAGCUACUUAAAAUAUGUUGGGUGGAUGCUGUAUGAUAAGCAAGCUGAAGUGCGGUUGAAGUGUCUGCUGGGACUGCAGGGAAUUUAUAGUAGAAAAGAACUUGUUUCCAGGAUGGAUCUCUUUACUAACAGAUUCAAGGAUCGAAUUGUGUCCAUGCCUCUGGACAAGGACCAUGAAGUAGCAGUUCAAGCCAUGAAACUCUUGAUGCUUAUGUCACAGAACUGUGAGGAUGUGUUAUCAGCUGAAGACUGUGAAAUGCUAUACCAGUUUGUUUAUACCACUCACCGUCCACUUGCAGUAGCAGCUGGGGAAUUCCUUUAUAAAAGGCUGCUUAGUCAUGAGGGAGAUAAAAAAGUUCAGCCCGAAGGAGGAGGAAAGUUUGGGGCAAGCACUGACCAAUUGAAAAGAUUAAUACACUUUUUCCUGAAGGGUGAGCUACACAAACAUGUUACAUAUCUAGUAGACAGCCUGUGGGACUGGGCAAGCAAAUUCCUGAAGGACUGGGAGUGCAUGACCUCUCUUCUAUUAAAAAAUGAAGAAGUUGGAGAAGCACUGAGCGAUGCCCAGGAAAGUGUUCUCAUCGAAAUCAUCCUCGCAACAGUCAGAGAAGCAGCUGAAGGUCAUCCUCCAGUGGGCAGAGGUGCAGCCAAAAAAAUUUUGUCAGUAAAAGAGAAGAAAAUCCAAUUGGAAGAUUGCACAAAAAUUACCGAACACUUUAUUAUGGUGCUUCCUCAGCUCUUGGCAAAGUAUUCAACAGAUGCUCAAAAAGUGGCAAGUCUUCUGCAGAUUCCUCAGUAUUAUGAUUUAGAUGUUUACAGUACAGGACAUCUGGAGAAGCAUUUGGAUGAUUUGCUGAAAGAGAUAAAAGACAUUGUGGCCAAACACUCUGACAUGUCUGUCCUCGAGGCUUCCUCCAGGACUUAUUAUAUCCUUUGCCGUGAAGAAAUUGCCAUCUAUAGCCAGGUGGAUUGUGCUCGAACUCAAAUGAUAGAUGAGUUGAUGAAACAGCUUAACCAGCUACUAGAUUGCUUCUGGCAAAAGGAAGGAGGAUUUUGUACGGACGCAGGAGAAAUUUCCCAGAUGCACUCUACUUUGAGAAGAGUAGCAGCUUUUCAUAAUGCCCAUGAUCUCACCAAGUGGAAUCUGUAUGACAAGACUUUAAGGUUCCUGGUGUUUGAAACAGAACAUGGCACAUUGCCUGUUCUGAUUAUCCUACCGGCUCUCCAGUGCACAUAUUUUUCUCUCCUGUGGCAACUAGCUGCAGUUUCGGAACAUUCUCCCAAGGAGACUCUAUUUCCACUAAGAAAGCAGCUGAGACAUUUCAGUCAGAUUUGCACAUGCUUUCUCCACCAUAAGGAAAAAGAUGUAAGAGAAAAGGCCUUCAUGAUACUCUGUGACUGGUUGCUGAUUCUGAGUCACCUGUAUUCAAAUAAUGAAGAAGCAGUUGGACUUCUAGGUUAUCUUCCUAACACACAGCUUCAGGAAAAACUGUUUUCAUUUAUCCAGGAACACGUUUUCAUGGAUGGAGAAGAGGAAAAAAAAGAUCUGACAGAAGAGGGAAAGGAUGAAACUUGCAAACUUGAUGACUUGCACAAAAAGCGGAGUCUUCUGGCAGCAUAUUGCAAGUUAAUAGUGUAUAAUGUGGUAGAGAUGACUGCAGCUGCUGAGAUCUAUAAGUAUUAUGUGAAGACCUACAGUGAUUUUGGAGACAUAAUUAAAGAAACAUUAAGCAAGACGAGGUGCAAUAACAAAAUUCAGAGUGCCAAGACACUGAUUCUCUGUCUGCAGCAGCUGUUUCAGACACAUGCAGAAAGCCAAGACAGCAGUAAUGGUGUGGACUUCUCCUCUCCUUCCUUUGCAAACAUCAAAGAACUUGCUCGUCGCUUUUCACUAACAUUUGGCUGGGACCAAGUGAAAUCUAGAGAAUCUAUAGCCAUGAUACACAAGGAAGGGAUUGAAUUUGCUUUUCAAGGAACUACUGGAGUAGAUGGAAAAUGCUUGCAUCCUAACUUGAGCUUUCUGUUAAUCAUCAGUGAAUUUUCCAACAAGCUGCUAAAGCCAGACAAAAGACUAGUGUACAGUUACUUACAGAGGUACAUAACAGAGCCACUGUCCUGCAGAAGAGACAAAUGGCAGCCUUUGGUCUGGUACAGAAACUCUUUAUUGGCAAAUGAAGAUGAGGAGAGCUCUGUCCUUGGCAGUUUGGGAGAGUGGCACCCUGUGGGCUCAUCUAAGACAUCUUCUUUUAAAAGGAAAUUGUCUAAUGGGUCUUUGCCUGAAACCAGCCAGACUGAAGCAGAAAGCAAAGCCCCAGAACAGCAGUGUGCUUCUCAGCUUCCCUCUGCAGCAGGGAAAAGCAGAAAGAGGCUGAAAUCUAAAGAGAUGCGCUUGCAGGAACAUUUGCCAUUCCUUUGUCCAGGAGGGUUGCGUAGAAGAUACUGCAAAGAUGAGGUUAAGACAGAAGAUGUCUCCGAGGAGGGUCCAGAAGACACAGUUGAAGAUGUUGAUGUCAUUGGUACAGACCAGGACAGUUAAAGACACUGAGAGGAUGAACAGAAGUGAAGCACACGCUGUUUUUUCUGCAAAUUGUUUAACUUGUCAAUGUGGUGUGAGAACAUCAACUGAGGUGGCAGGAGACAUGGAUCAAGUUGUCUCUGUGCCCAUGGGCAUCGACCCAGAACCAGUUUGUAGCACGGUGGUUGAUUUCCCACCAUUGCUGGUUGUGGGCAUUACUGAGGUGGCUGCUGAAGUUCUAGGAUAGAGUGUUCUGAGCAUCAUUACUCAGCUGCAUCCUGAUCCUUGGUGCUGCCUUGGAAAAGUUCACAGCUGCAGGACUGGAAUCAGGGUAUUGACAAACACUGAAUCAAAGACACUGUGAACCAGGUGAGACAAGCUCAUUUGAAGCAUGUGGGGGCAGUGCUUUGCUGGCUGUGUUCUUUACUGUUUGAAAUAACCAAAUGGAGAUCUGUGUCUUUCCUUGCACCUGGUGCAGGGAAGAAAGGAACCUGGCCCAACUGUGAGCACUGGGACCUGCUGGGUGAUGGCAAGUGCCAUUUCCUGCCUGUAAAAUGGAAAACCUGGAUCAUUCAUCUGAAAGUAUCUCUGAAUUCUAUUGCUUAGAAAGAUGUGGUUAGAGGUCUGCAAGCAUCAGGACAUGAUCAGGAAAACUUGUGUCAAGGCUUCAGAGUAACAAAGAAAGAAACAGUGGACCAGCUGACUAUUUUCCUCUGGAAGAAGUCCUUUGUACACUGACCAUGUGGUAUUUACUUGGAAAAAGCCUGGAAAGACAAUGUAAAUAGACUGUAAAUAUGGCCAUUCGAAAAGAGGAUGUUUUUGCAUUAAGAAUUUGCAAAUGAUCGUCACUCAAGAGUGUUUCAGUGGCAGUGGGCUGGGGAGCGUGGGCUGCUUUCACUGACCCUUCUCACUGCUCCCUGGAAUUGUACAUUGCAGUAAUCAUAUCAGCUUUAUUUUUUAUUUUAUAUAUAUAUAUCUAUAUCUAUAUUUUGGAUUGUAAUUGUGUAAAAUAAACUACAGAACUAUAGCUAUCCGUUAGUACUGAACGUGUAAGUGAUACUCCUACACCAUGUCUGGAGAAUGACAGCAAAUGUUUGCUGGUCUUUGCAUUUGUUGUGUUAUUUCACAGGCUGAGCAGGGAAUUCCCAUGAAGAUGGAAAUGAAAGCCAUGACUGUUGCCCAGGUAUUGUGUACACUGAAGUGGCCACAGUGAAUCCAUGAUUUUCCUUGUGCAUGGUGUGGAGGCUGCCACAAGGGAGGUGGUUCUCAGGUUCAGUAACUCCCACUACCUUGGCUGGGGUACUGAUGUUUCCCCUUAUCCAUCUGUGGAUUAAUUUGUGGAUCUAGGCCUAAGCACUCACCAGGGAGGCAGAAUACAGCUUAACUGGGAAAAUAGUCAUACCUGAAACCACAUCAAACAUAUGGAUGCUUUAAUUUUUGUAACAGUGGGCUUGGGAUGGGAAUUUCCCCGCAGAGCAAGGUCCAGUAAUCCUCAUAAACUCAUGUAUUUUAAGAAAAAGGACUUCUACAGAACAGCAGAAUAUGUUCUACUUAGGAAAUAAGGGACUUGGUUAGCAAAAGUAUAGUAGGGAGCAGGAUUUGACAGGCACUUCGUUAAACACAAAGUGGCAACAACAGCUACAGGCUCUGCAGAAGAGAUUGACCCUGCACCAUAGUGCUGUGUGACAGAGAUGUGUCACUGCAUGCUAGGAAGGCCUGUGGCUGUUUGCUGCCCAGUUAAAAGCCCCCUUCUUGAGAAAAGUUUUAGGGUAGGGAGAUGCAUCUCUUGCAGUGGAACAGAUAUUCAGAACCAUGUUCUGCAAAGCCAGUUGGUCAUUCUUUCCCUGAGGGAACAGAGCUUAGCAGAAAUGCUUAGUGUAUCUGUACUGUUUAAAAGCCCCAAACCAUCGGCUGUUAGUGAAAGGUAUCCAGCCAAGCCUGGAGAAAUUUGACAUUGGUGAGUCUGUAUUAAAACUGGAAUAAUUAACCAAAAUCCUUCAAAUGGUAUUACAAUUACUUGAGUUUUCCUCAGUAAGGUUCACCAGCACCUCAGCAAUGAGUUUCUUGAUAUACAGGUGUGUAGAUUUCUGCAGGAGCUUGUGUGAGGAGUUAAGCACAACAGGUUUCUCCCAGCUGCUCAUCAAAUACUCUCUUUUGGAUGAAGAAAAAGCUGCUAAAGGGCUGAUUGCUUUGCAUAUGCAGCUUGUUGGAAUUACCCAACCAGACUGCAUACCUGUGUAACAUCCUAUCUGAGUGGUUCUUUAUUAAGACAUGAAUUGUAUGCAUUAUGUAAAAAUCAGAACUGUUAAAUUACA